AUGUAUAGUCGGGUGCAUCUGGGCAGUCCUGCAGACCGCAACAUGUCUCUCAAUGCUCCUGCAGCGACCCAACGUUGCCCUUCAUGGGACGGUUUGCAAAUGGCAGUCGAGAUCCUACGGUGAACGCCUCGGCCUGGGCGCUUCUGACGGCGGCGAUUCUCAGCGUCCUGUCACGGCUGAUCAGCAAGUAUCGAAUCGUCCAUCGGUUCACCAGCGAUGACUAUCUGAUUAUCGCCUCGGUGGUAUUCUGCUCCGCCCAGUCGGUCGCGGUCUCCAUUGCCGUGGCCAAUGGCUAUGGGGACCGCUUCAAUGAGAUUUCGCAAAGUCAAUUCGACGUCGUUAUGAAGGCACAGUACUCCGCGAACAUCCUCUAUAUUGCCAGUCUAUACACAUCGAAGCUAUCCCUAUGUCUCUUCAUCCGGAAUUUGUCUCCCAAACCGCGAGACCAUUUCUUUUCCAAUACCGUCCAGAUCAUUCUAGCGGCAUGGGCGAUGAGUACCUUUUUCGUAACGGUCUUCCAAUGCCAUCCUCCUCGCACAUGGGAUUACUGGCAGGGGAGCUGUAUCAACACAGCCAAAUGGCAUUACUUCUUCUGCAGCUCGAAUUUAGUGACCGACCUGUCUAUAAUUCUUCAAGCCCUGUUUCUCAUUGUGCGACUUCAUGCGCCUGUGAAGAAGCGGUUUCUCUUCGCCAGCAUCUUCUUAACCCGUGUGCUGGUUAUCGGUGCAAUCAUCGCCGAGCUGGUCCUUAUCCAAGACAUCACCAACCUCGCCGACCCUACUUACGAUUACUGCUUCAACACCGUCGCCAUGGAAGUCGUCCAAUGCAUGAGCAUUGCAACGGCAUGCUGGGGUCAGCUGAAACCAUUUCUCAACCAGAUGAAGUCAAAUGGCAUGCGUAUCCCUGGUGCCGAAUAUCAAUCUACCUACGGCAAAUACUCCAAUUCACACUCGCAGCGCACCGAGCAGACAACGGGCUCUGGCAAUGCUCAUGAUUUGGUCCCGAUCCCCCCCGGACAGGGCAAUCAAACGACCAUUUCCACCUCAUCCGCAUGGGAUGCAAACAGUCAGUCAAGUCAGGUUGGAAUGAUUCGGGAAACUAGAACCUGGGUGGUGACAGAUUCGCGACGGAGCGAUAGCCUAUGAAUUCUAUGUGCAAUAUGGUGCUAUGAUAGGUAGGACACUUGAUUUGCGGCGGAUGUCUGGAGUGAUACCACUCAGCGUAGAAAACAAAAUUUUCAUUCUGAACAAA